CCGCCCAUCAUCGCCAUCCAGCGCGGAGCAUGCGGGCAGGGCCAAGAACACCCUAAUAGCCUGCGGCACAAAUACAACUUCAUUGCAGAUGUGGUGGAGAAGAUAGCUCCUGCUGUGGUUCACAUUGAAUUGUUUCGCAAACUUCCGUAUUCAAAGAGGGAGAUUCCUGUUGCCAGUGGUUCAGGGUUCAUCGUCUCAGAAGACGGACUGAUAGUGACAAACGCCCAUGUUGUCACCAACAAAAACCGGGUGAAGGUGGAGCUGAAGAAUGGUGAAACAUAUGAAGCUAAAAUUAAAGAUGUUGAUGAAAAAGCUGACAUUGCACUAAUUAAAAUAGAUUCUCAGGGUAAAUUGCCAGUUCUUCUGCUCGGUCAGUCUGCAGACCUGAGGCCAGGAGAAUUUGUGGUGGCGAUUGGAAGUCCGUUUUCCCUUCAAAACACAGUGACUACAGGGAUCGUCAGUACUACUCAACGUGGAGGGAAGGAGCUGGGGCUCCGCAACUCCGAUAUGGACUAUAUUCAGACAGAUGCCAUCAUCAACUAUGGAAACUCCGGAGGACCCCUAGUAAAUCUGGAUGGUGAAGUGAUUGGAAUUAACACAUUAAAAGUUACAGCAGGGAUCUCGUUUGCUAUCCCAUCGGAUAAAAUCAAAAAGUUCCUAACUGAAUCCCAUGACAGACAAGCUAAAGGAAAAGCUAUAACCAAAAAGAAAUACAUUGGCAUACGCAUGAUGUCUCUAACUCCUAGCAAAGCUAGAGAGCUGAAGGAUCGCCAUAAAGACUUUCCUGAUGUUGUCUCUGGGGCCUAUGUUAUUGAAGUAAUUCCAGAAACACCAGCUGAAGCUGGUGGCCUGAAGGACAACGAUGUGAUUAUAAGCAUCAAUGGACAGUCGAUAAGCUCAGCCAGUGAUGUCAGUGACAUCAUUAAAAAGGACAGUACGUUGAACAUGGUCGUACGCAGGGGCAACGAAGAUGUUAUGUUAACAGUAGUUCCUGAAGAAAUCGAUCCCUAACCAGAAACAUGAGCUGGAUUUCAUGUUUUCUUUUAACAGCAUUGGACUGCUUAUAUUCUCUCUGUGCUGGUACAGGAAACGUUAGACUUCUGACCAACAUUCUGCUUCUUCAGUGGAUUAGUAUUGGCCAACAGAGUAACUUCUAAUAGGUUUAAGGUGCAAAAAUCAGUGUAAUUUCACAUACUCCAGAUGAUAAUUUUUUCCUUCUGUAUUAUGUAUGCAAUGUAUUCUUUGCUGGCUGUUACAUUUCCCGCUUAACAGAUCGACGUUUGCUUCCCUGUGUUGGAUAGAUUUACUGUUAUUUCCGCUCAGAUUUAAACAAAACCCACGCACACAAUGUGUGGUGUGGUAUUCAGGUAUUUAUAGGUUAGCUGUGUUUUAACUGGAAAUGCCAUUGUAAAGGAGUAGUUGGUUGAAAACACAAUUGGGGAAAAAAUAAUGAAGUUUGGUUUAUAAACACGAAGAAAUCCCAACUGAAAUAACCUUUUGAGGAUCCCAUGCAGGACUUUAAUACUAUGAUAUUUUCUUAGUGUUAUUAAAAGAAUUCAACAGAA